GCUCAGUGAGUGACCACACUGACCAAGCCAGAGUGAAGUGGGCACUGAGCAGUGAGCACAGGGCGGGUGCUUGCCGAAGCAGAGCGAGGAAGGAGCAAUGGGGGUCCGCUCGGCGGCCACGAAGCUGCACAUCCCCCCGACCCACUCCGCCGCCCGGCGCUCCUUCUUCCUGCCCCUCGCCGCCGUCGCCCUCCUCUGCUCCGCCUCCUACCUCCUGGGCGCCUGGCACCACGGCGGCGGCUUCUCCCCUUCCUCCCCCUCCCGCUCCGUCACCAUUGCCACCGACAUCUCCUGCACCACCACCACCCUCACCCCCUCCACCACCACCACCACCACCACCACCGCUCAGUCCCUCGACUUCUCCGCGCACCACGCGGCGGCGGUCGACGCCGUGGCGGCCAGGGCCGCGUCCUCCGCGUCCUCGGCGCCGCGGAGGUACCCGGCGUGCCCGGCCGAGUACUCGGAGUACACGCCGUGCGAGGACGUGAAGCGGUCGCUGCGGUACCCGCGGGACCGGCUGGUGUACCGGGAGCGGCACUGCCCCUCGGGGCGCGAGCGGCUGCGGUGCCUGGUGCCGGCGCCGGCCGGGUACCGCAACCCGUUCCCGUGGCCGGCCAGCCGCGACGUCGCCUGGUUCGCCAACGUGCCGCACAAGGAGCUCACCGUGGAGAAGGCGGUGCAGAACUGGAUCCGCGUGGACGGGGACAAGCUCCGGUUCCCCGGCGGCGGGACCAUGUUCCCGCACGGCGCCGACGCCUACAUCGACGACAUUGGGAAGCUCAUCCCGCUCCACGACGGCUCCAUCCGCACCGCGCUCGACACCGGCUGCGGGGUGGCGAGCUGGGGCGCGUACCUGCUCUCCCGGGACAUCCUGGCCAUGUCCUUCGCGCCGCGGGACUCGCACGAGGCGCAGGUGCAGUUCGCGCUGGAGCGCGGCGUCCCCGCCAUGAUCGGCGUCCUCGCCUCCAACCGCCUCACCUACCCAGCCCGCGCCUUCGACAUGGCGCACUGCUCCCGCUGCCUCAUCCCCUGGCACCUCUACGAUGGAUUGUACCUGAUCGAGGUCGACCGUGUCCUGCGCCCCGGCGGCUACUGGAUCCUGUCCGGCCCGCCCAUCAACUGGAAGAAGUACUGGAAGGGGUGGGAGAGGAGCAAGGAGGACCUCAACGCCGAGCAGGAGGCGAUCGAGGCGGUCGCCCGGAGCCUCUGCUGGAAGAAGAUCAAGGAGGCCGGCGACAUCGCCGUCUGGCAGAAACCCGCCAACCACGCCGGCUGCAAGGCCUCCCGCAAGGCCGCCAAGUCCCCGCCCUUCUGCUCCAAGAAGAAUGCCGACGCAGCAUGGUACGACAAGAUGGAGGCCUGCGUGACGCCGCUGCCGGAGGUCUCGGACGCGAGCGAGGUGGCCGGCGGCGCGGUGAAGAAAUGGCCGCAGAGGCUCACGGCCGUGCCGCCCAGGGUCUCCCGGGGCACGGUCAAGGGCGUGACGGCCAAGGCGUUCCAGCAGGACACGGAGCUGUGGAAGAAGCGGGUCCGCCACUACAAGGCGGUGAUCAACCAGUUCGAGCAGAAAGGACGGUACCGGAACGUGCUCGACAUGAACGCCCGCCUCGGCGGCUUCGCGGCGGCGCUGGCGAGUUACCCGCAGUGGGUCAUGAACAUGGUCCCGACCGUGGCCAACUCCAGCGCACUCGGGGUGGUCUACGAGCGCGGCCUCAUCGGAAGCUACCAGGACUGGUGCGAGGGCACGUCCACCUAUCCGCGGACCUACGAUCUCAUCCACGCCGACUCGGUGUUCACUCUGUACAAGAACAGGUGUGAGAUGGACACCAUUCUGCUGGAGAUGGACAGGGUCCUGAGGCCCGAGGGCACGGUGAUCAUCAGAGACGACGUGGACAUGCUGGUGAAGGUCAAGAGCGUCGCCGACGGGAUGAGGUGGGACAGCCAGAUCGUCGACCACGAAGACGGCCCGCUCGUCCGGGAGAAGAUCCUCCUGGUUGCCAAGACGUAUUGGACUGCCAAGAACCAAUAGCACCAGUGGAGUAUAGCAUCUACUCCCUCCGUUCCUAAAUAUAAGUCUUUCUAGUGAUUCCACUAGGUGGACUAUAUACGGAGCAAAUUGAAUGAAUUUACACUUAAAAUGCAUCUAUAUACAUCGGUAUGUGGUUUAUAGUGGAAUCUCUACGAAGACUUAUAUUUAGGAACGAAGGGAGUAUAUAGUAUUGCUCAUAAGCACAUCGCUCAGAAGAUCUCAAAGUUGGAUCGCCAUUUGUUGUAGCUCCAUGAACUGCUUAUUUUAUGCUCUUUAUUUAUGUCUUUAUAUAGGAAAUUCGUCUCCAAGUAAGUUGUAAAACACAGCAUAAUUUGUAUGUGUCACUUGAUCGCUAAAUUGCACAAAGUGAUUAAUAGAAGUACUGUUUGCGAGUUA